ACCACCAAUUUACCAUCCCCCACCAGUGCAAAAGCCUCCUCCGAUCCAAAAACCACCACCAAUUUACGGCCCCCCACCAGUUGAAAAGCCUCCUCCCAUUCAAAAACCACCACCAAUUUACGGGCCCCCACCAGUUGAAAUGCCUCCUCCUAUCCAAAAACCACCACCAAUUUACGGCCCUCCACCAGUGGAAAAGCCACUACCAAUUUACCGCCCACCACCUGUGGAAAAGCCGCCUCCUAUCCAAAAGCCGCCACCAGUGCAAAAGCCACCACCUAUCCAAAAACCACCUCCUAUCCAAAAACCACCACCAGUGCAAAAGCCUCCUCCUAUCCAAAAACCACCGCCAGUGCAAAAGCCACCGCCUUAUAAGAAGCCACCACCACCUUACAAGAAGCCAUCUCCUGCUUAUAUCGAGCCUUAGUUGAGUUGUUGAGGCUUCAUAAAAUUGAUAUCAGGGUACAUAACUGAAUGUGUCACAUAACUAUCUCUCUCUCAUCAUGGCAUGGGAUACUGUGACCUUAUAUAAACUGUAUUUUCCUCUUAUUAUCCUAUGUUUGAGGAAUAAAGGGGCACAUGCUGCCUUCCUUGUGUCUAUAUUUGUUUAUUAAUAAAGUUAAUUUGCAAUGUA